CUGUGCCCGAAGCUGACCUACAAGCAGCGCAUCGGCGGGUACCUCACGUGCUUCGGCCUCGCGUUCGUGCUGAGCAUCGGGUCCUGGGUGCGGCUCGCGGACCUCAUCAAGGGCAACCCGACGCCGUUCGUCGUCUUCUACACGCUCGGCAAUUUGAUGGGCAUCGCGGGGUCGCUCUUCCUGAGCGGGCCCAAGGCCCAGUGCAAGGCCAUGUGGGACCGGACGCGCAUCGUCGCGACGCUCUUCUACUUUACGUCCAUCAUCAUGACCAUCUUCUGCUGCUACUACCACGGCAUCCCCGACGACGGCCGCGUCGGCAUCAUCAUCAUGUGCGUCUUCGUCCAGUGGAUCGCCAUGAUCUGGUACACGAUCUCCUUCAUCCCCUUCGCCCGGGACUACGUCUGCAUGGUC